GGAAGGCCUCUGCCGCCGCCUCCGCUGGGGAGCUUGGGUUGUGUUGGGGCAGCGGCCGGCAGGAAGGCGCUCAUCUCCCGCCCUGCCGACGCCGGUCCCACCCGCUUCACCCCGACCUGUCUCCUCAUGACUGCUCCCGGACCAGUUGCCGACCGACGUCGCCCCAGAACAGUGAUUUAACACGGAAGCCCGGGUCGGGGGCCGCGGGGGAAGGAGGAGGAGGUGGAGGAGGAGGAGGGAGACCCGGUCGGUCCCGCGUCCCUCUCGGCCCGGCGCGGCUCCUUGGCCCGAGCCAUGACCUCGCUGACCCAACGCAGCUCGGGCUUGGUGCAGCGGCGCACCGAGGCCUCCCGUAACGCCGCCGACAAGGAGCGGGCGGCGGGCGGCGGCAGCGGCAGCGGCGAGGACGACGCUCAGAGCCGCCGCGACGAGCAAGACGACGACGACAAGGGCGACUCCAAGGAAACGCGGCUGACCCUGAUGGAGGAGGUGCUCCUGCUGGGCCUCAAGGACCGAGAGGGUUACACAUCAUUUUGGAAUGACUGUAUAUCAUCUGGAUUACGUGGCUGUAUGUUAAUUGAAUUAGCAUUGAGAGGAAGGUUACAACUAGAGGCUUGUGGAAUGAGACGUAAAAGUCUUUUAACAAGAAAGGUGAUCUGUAAGUCCGAUGCACCAACAGGGGAUGUUCUUCUGGAUGAAGCUCUAAAGCAUGUUAAGGAGACUCAACCUCCAGAAACAGUCCAGAACUGGAUUGAAUUACUUAGUGGUGAGACAUGGAAUCCAUUAAAAUUGCAUUAUCAAUUAAGAAACGUGAGGGAACGAUUAGCUAAAAACCUGGUGGAAAAGGGUGUACUGACGACAGAGAAACAGAACUUCCUACUUUUUGACAUGACGACACAUCCUCUCACCAAUAACAACAUUAAGCAGCGCCUCAUCAAGAAGGUACAAGAAGCUGUUCUUGACAAAUGGGUGAAUGACCCUCACCGCAUGGACAAGCGCUUGCUGGCUCUCAUUUACUUAGCCCAUGCCUCGGAUGUCCUGGAGAAUGCCUUUGCACCUCUUCUGGACGAGCAAUAUGACUUAGCUACCAAGAGAGUGCGGCAGCUUCUUGACUUAGACCCCGAGGUAGAAUGUCUGAAGGCCAACACCAACGAGGUUCUGUGGGCAGUGGUGGCGGCAUUCACCAAGUAACUCUGUCGGAAUGAAAUGUUUCCUUUCUUUCAUGUAAACCAGUAGUUUUUCUUCUAUUGACUUCUGGUUUUCUGCAGUUUGUACUUUCCCACACUAUAAUUGGCUUUUGUUUUAUAAAAUGGUGGGUGGCUUUUUCUUUUUGUAUGUAUGCAGGAUUCUGCUGGUACGAGAGGCCUUCCUCUUUCUGUUUUUAACAAAUUUACUGCCAUAUUGGCAUUCCAUUCCCUGUUUCCAUUCUCACUGUUACCUGUUUUGGGUUUCUGAUGUACUUUGUCUUCAAAGUACUUCCAGUCACCUCACGUGCACAGUUUCUGGAUUACCUCAACUUGAGUUUUCCCACAUGUGCAUGUCCAUCUAUAUCAUUCUGCCUACAAUUCAGACAGAAGUCACAACAAGGCCUUCAACUCACCAAAGGUAAAUAUCUGUAUCUAUUAGGACAUUUUAUACAUAGACCUCAGUUGAGAUGUAUACUUAGCAAAAUUAUUUUUAAAUUGAGACAGCACAGUAAAUACUUAAUAUAAAAUGCCCCUUGGAUUUUUGCUUCCCAUGUAAAUCUAUUGUAUUAUUAUUCUUGUUAUAAUUUUAACUAUUAAAUCAUAAAGGUCCAGUUGUUUCACAAAGCCAGUUUGGGAUGAGCUGCAUUCCAGUUAAGCUGUAUAUAGUUUGAAUUAUAUAUAAAUUACUCCUUCUUCUGGCCACCCUGCCUCCAUCUUAGUAUUUUGCAAGAUUUGAUUAGUUGUACACCUGGUGCCCCUUACUAGCUUCAGUCAUUGUUAUUUGAUGGCAAAAUAGACCUCUCAUCAUUGAAAGAGAGAAAAAAAUGUGUAUCUGAUUGGUGCUGGGAUUUUUUUGAGCUCUGCCGUUCACGGUACUCUUUGCCUUUGCAUCUGUUUUUGGAUUUUUUUUUUUUUUGGAGGGGGUGUGUCUUAACUGUCCUUAUGAUUUCUGUAGGGAAGAGGCUUGUGACCAGUACUAAUCUUGAGUACAGUUUUUUUCUGUCAACAAGUAAAUUAAUGUCUGCUUCGAAAUGUCACUUAACUACUUACACUUCCUUGGGGGAAAAAAAAAUCAAAUGUCAGUCCUAGCAGAUGUUGCAUGUAAAUUGGUAGCAAGUAAUGACUACAACUCAGAUGAUUAAGAAUUUUGUAACAGAAAGCUCUGCUGUUUUAAUUUUUUAUAUGCAAUUAUGAUAAUUAGCACAUUGUAAGACUAGAAACCUUUGCUUUUAAAGUUUAUUUUUACUAUUUCUUUAUCACUGUUUAUCAUACCACCAUUGGUUUCAUAAUGUAAAUACUAUACAUUGAACAAAUUAAAUGUCAAUUUUUUAUUACUAUAGUUCAUGUUAAUAGUGGGGCUUUCAGGUGUUUAGGAAUUUCUUUGGUUAACAUUCAUUGCAAAAGUACUAGAUGGUGUAUAACUCUAGAGUUGAAUUUUAAGGGAUUCCCUAAUAUGUAUACUAUCUUUUUAUCUGAAAUAAUAAAUAAACUAUGAUCUUGAAAGUGCCUGAAUCAGA